CAGUCAUUUGACUGCGGCCAUGCUGAAGCACCGCCUUUAGUCGAACAAAUCAACCCCAGGAUUUAUUCUUUACUCGUUGAUUUGCGUACAUAAGACUUGCUAACCCCGUAAAGUACGCACAUCGCAUGAGAGCAUUUAGUAUGUUUAGCAAUCUCCCAGUUAAGGUUACUAGUUAAAUUCAAGUAUUACCAACCACGCGAAAUGCCAUAAAGAGAAAAUAACAAUUGGCGCUGAUAAAUUAUUCCCCACGGAGAGAGAUGUAUAACAAACAUUCACGCUUGAACUAGCAAAUAAUUUCUCAUUAAACCAAUUUAUAACUUGUCCAAUGAAACCACGAAAUGGAAACGUAGAUUUUACGUGUCAUUCUCUCCAAGAACCAGUCGCAAAGAUGUCUCACAAAACUCACCAAAUAGGUUAUAUUUAAUGAAAACGCAGAGAGCAGAGGAUUCAAAAGCCAUUAUUUCACAAUCACACGCAUCUUAUAUAUACACACGUACACGUACGUUUGUACGUGCAUACAUUAAUCUCUGUUAUUUUUUUUAUAUUUCAACUGAUCAUAAAUUUUUAGACGAUGAAAAUUAACGGAUUUAUUAAGCAUUAUUGGUCGUAUCCUUGGGUAUUAUGCUAUGUUACUUUCAUGACCGUUCUCCUGUUACACACAUUAAGAGUUGACCUCGCUAUCGCCUUUGUUUGUAUGUUGAAAACAACCAACAGUUCAUUUCAAGAAGUUAAUCAUACUGGAAUAAAGGAAGAAUGUCCAGGGUCGGAGAAUCAGUUACCAGAUAAAACAUUUGAAGGCGAGUUCGAAUGGAGUAACUCUUUACAGUCCCACAUGUUGGCUGGAUAUUUUUAUGGAUAUACCGUGACUAAUAUACUUGGUGGUAUGUUAGCCGACAAGUAUGGCGGUAAAAAUAUUCUAUGCUUUACCCUUAUUUCGGUUUCUCUUGUGACUCUUCUCUACCCAAGUUUGUCUCGAAUAAGCGGGUACUUCACCCUUGUUUUAAGGAUAUUAACGGGUUUGUUAUCAGGGUCUUUGUAUCCAUCAAUCCAGUCGUUAUGGGGACGUUGGGCACCACCCGAAGAGAGAAGCUCAUUAGUUGCGUUUUCCUUUUCUGGUCAAACCUUAGGAACUAUUGUAUGCAUGUCGAUCUCAGGUUACCUUUGUGAAUAUGGAUUUGACAAUGGAUGGGGUUCUAUAUUUUACUUAUUCGGUGGAACAACGUUGCUGUUUAGUUGUGUGUGGUUUUAUGUUGUUUACGAUAAUCCAGACGACCACCCCACCAUCAGCGAAGAAGAACGUACUUACUUAAAUAAAAACAGAAAAGAUAAGAGUGAAGUAAAAAAUGUACCUUGGAGGAAAAUACUAUCUUCUUCCGCUAUUUGGGCCAUUACUGUCGCCCAUAUGAUUACCAGCUGGACAAAUACGGUCUUCCAGAUGUUGAUACCAUUAUAUAUGAAAGAAGUAUUAAACAUUCAUCCUUCGGCGAAUGGUUUAAUGUCUUCAACUCCGUCGUUAGGACAAUUCAUAUUUUUACCAUUAUCAGGAAAACUUGCAGAUGUUAUACUUUCCAAGAAUUAUCUGUCAACUCGUUCAGUCCGAGUAAUAUUCCAGUCUAUCUCUUUUAUUGGUUCAGCAUCUCUACUUGUUGCCAUCGGAUUUCUGGAAUGUGAUCAAACUAUUUUAAUAGGAAUUCUUUUAUUCUUCUCCGGCGUGACGACUGCAUUUUAUUCUGGUGGCUUCCUGGUAAACCAUAUCGACGUUGCUCCCAGAUAUGCUGGAGUUUUAUACGGAUUUACCAAUACAUUUGCAUCGAUAACAUGUAUUCUAUCUCCUUUAUCAGUUAAAGCUCUUACACCA